CAAAAAGUCUGUCGCAUCGCGAAAAUCAAUCCGCACGCACAACAAAAUCAUUCUGUACAAAUCGUUCGCUGGUGUAAAAUUGCCCAGACGCGUUUGCGAAUCGAUUGUUUGUCGUUGGGAUGAGGCAAAUCGUUGCAGUUUAGUUCGUGUGCUUGCUCCGUGAGUGUACUUGGUGGUAGUGGUGGUAAUCGCGACAGUCUUUCUGGAAGUGAAACAGAUUUUAACCUUCGGCAAAACGUUGUCCGUUGCGAUGCAAUGGUUUGCAAACGAUGGAAUUAAGGCAACCCGGUCAGCCAUCGUCAUCACCGUCGUGCUCUUCAUAUCAAAGGCCACCCCCGGUCGGAUCGAAUCACCCGCCACCCGCUGACGGUGAUGUGUUGUUGUUAUCCCGAUCCUGUCCAAUCACAGUGCGCGUACGUAGGAAAAGUCUCGCGAAUCUGCCCAGCAUUCGCGAAAAGUUGAGUGCGAUUUUUGGGAUACAGCUGCAGGAAGUGCUACAGCAUACCGAUGAGCAGCAGUACCAACACCAGCAGUUCAUCACCUUUCAAGUGCUGGACGAAACUUCCGGAUGCCAGGUAGCAGUAGGCAGUGCUCUGAGCGGUUCCCUCGUAUCCAGUGGCAACGGUGAUCUAAUCGGUCAAAUACAGCAAUUUAUUGACUCACUAUGUACGAACGAGGCCGAAGAUUCCAGCUACGAUAGCGACUGCGACGGUGAGGAUCUCUCCCACGAGCAGGUGUCCCGCACGACGAGCGAUACACUGGGGCAAGAAUUUGCCGAGUACAUAAGCGUGGGCACUGGCCCAAGUACCGGACAUCAUCAGCAACAUGGCAAAGACGUCUCGCCGGGUGCCAAUCCGCUCGCAUCCACGAUCACACCCCUGCCCGAACACUCGCCGGGCUAUCAGCAGCGUGUGGAAUUUGCGCUGAAGCUCGGCUACACCGAAAAGCUGGUGCAGGCAGCCCUGCAAAGGCUGGGACCCAAUCCGGCCCAGAACGAGCUGCUGGCCGAACUGAUCAAGCUGGGAUCACAGCCCGGCGCUAAAUGUGGCAGCGAAUUUACGGUCGAUCACGGGCAUCAUGGAAUGGGUGACUCCGGUGGGCUCGGACUUUCCGCAGAACUGACGGCCUCGGUGACCGGUCCCGGUGGGCCCUCCUCGUCGUCGAUGGUGAACGAAGAAUCUCUACGUCCGAUCGUGAUAGACGGGAGCAAUGUAGCGAUGAGCCACGGUAACAAGGAGAUGUUUUCCUGUCGCGGUAUACGGCUGUGCGUGGACUGGUUCAAGAACCGGGGCCACAAGGACAUUACCGUGUUUGUGCCGAAGUGGCGCAAGGAAAGCUCCAGACCGGACAAUCCCGUCAAGGAUGGCGAGAUAUUGAACGAGUUGGAGAAGGAGCGUAUGCUAGUAUUUACACCUUCCCGAUUAGUCGGCGGCAAACGGAUGGUGUGCUACGACGAUCGAUACAUUUUAAAGCUCGCAGCCGAUAACGAUGGAAUCGUCGUAUCGAAUGAUAACUAUCGCGAUCUGGUGCAGGAGAGCUCCGAGUUCAAGAAGGUCGUCGAAGAGCGGGUACUGAUGUAUUCGUUCGUGAACGAUCGCUUCAUGCCACCGGAUGAUCCGCUCGGUCGUUCCGGGCCCACGCUGGACAACUUUCUGCGUGUGCAGCCGCGCAAAGGGGACCCACCUCCGCCCUGUCCGUACGGCAAGAAGUGUACCUAUGGGAAUAAGUGCAAAUUCUACCAUCCGGAACGGGGCAGCCUACCGCACAAGUCCGUCACGGAGCGACUUUCCGAGUAUGCAGCGCGACAUCUUCAAGCACGCAGCGGACACGACCCAUCGGGGGGUGUUGCUGCUGGGUCCGGGGGGUGUGGUACUGGUGGUCGCAAUGCAGUGCAGGGGAAGUCACUCAGUGUUCCGCUGAGCAACAGCAGCAACGAGACUAGUCCAAUCAAUGAUAAACGGAAAGCAUUAUGUCGCACAAGAUCAAACGUACCUUCGGAAAGCGCAAAUACCCCGUACGGAGGAGGAGGCAUGACACAUGCUCACGGUGGACAUUCGGACUUGUUGCCAAUUCCCCAUGGCGUGCAGCAUCCAGUCGUACGUCAGCAGCAGCAACCACCGCCACCUCCAACACAGCAAUUGUCUUUCCAUGCUCCGCCAGUGCCAGUGGCCAGUAAUCGAGCCCUUCCGUGGGAUCUUUCCCCUCAACAACAGCAACAGCAGCAGCUUCAUCAACAUGCCAGUAUGGUGGACGUGCAGCAGAUAUUUCCCAAAUCUCAUAGUAUAGAAAAUAUAUCUAAGGAACCGUACGGUGGCGGUCAUCAUGCCGGACUCCAUCAUGGCGGUUGCUACGGCGCUCAGCCACUCUGGCCCCGGCAGCAGCCUCCGUCCCAACAGUCCCCUCAGUCGGUAUCAGGGACAGGUGGAGGAGGAGCAGGUGGUGCCGGUGGAGGCGGAGGGCAAGUAGUUCCACCUCCGUUGGACCAGAGCGAUCCAAAUGGGCUGGUGGACAGUGUGAAUCUGCAUCGGAAGCUACAGCGUCAGCUCACCCUCAACCCGGCUGGCUGUGAUCCUCGAAUAUAUCAAAUGCAAAGGCUUCAGCAGCAAACGUCCCAGCAGCACAAUCCCCCGCCACAAACCGCUUCCCAGCAACAGCUGUCACCGCACCGACCAUUGGCCCCUUCCCUUAGUGGUGGAACCCGUCCUUCUCCACCUACCCAGUGGGAACUUCAUCAGCAUGUCACUCGUAUUGCUUCGGCCCCUGAUUCCACUCGGCCCUGGGGCCACAAUGGACCACCGCCUGCUUCAUCCUCGGAACCGCAUAUCAACCUCGGAUGGUCGCCUAGCCCGGGUCAGGGUGGUCCUGCGUCAGCACUACAGCAGCAACAUCAUCAGCAACAGCAGCAGGACCGUUGUCGGUUGCAUUACCACCUGGCCAGUAUCUUCCCGGAAGAUCAAGUACAAACCGUCAUGCAGAUGUACCCGGACGAGACGAAUCCGCAGAAAAUAUGUGCCGCUAUUCUGGCCAUGUAUCAAAAGAUGUAAAGAAUGCACGGAAGCACACGAGACCGUGCUGUUGGAUGAAUACGCCAAGGGCAGGACGAGUAGUUGAGCUUCCCUCGAACUGCUUUAUCCGGAACCCACGCAAUACUCAAAACACUCCGUAAUGUUAAGCACAUGUAUUCAUUAUUUCUCUCUCUCUCUUUCUCUCUCUUGGAGAUACACAAUCACACAUCCACUUACCACGUCACCAUCCCGCGUUACAUGGGAUGGGGUCGUUCAAAGCCCUACUUAUCCCGCACUAUUUUACGACUGCAAUUAUCCUUAUCAAGUAGGUAAUAUUAUUAUUUUAUCUUAAUUAUUGAGCAACCGUUUGGUUGCCUCUUUCCGAGAAACGUCAUUAUGGCGUGAAGCGUGACUGCACAACGCAGCAGGAUUGCGUUGUCUGUGUAAAAGUUGUCAGUUAUUGUGCCGGAGCCAGUGGGCAGAUACGAAAGGACAUCAAGGUUUGAAAUUUAAGGUGGAUAGCAGCGCUUUCAUCUCUGUGUGAACACAGAAACCGAGAAGCUUUGCAAUGGGCAAGUGGCAAGAAAAAGGAAACAUCCGGGUGAGCGUAUAAUCUCAAAAGAUUUAUUUUUAAACAGUUCAUCCGUUGUCGUAGACAACGGGUAGCACUCUUCCAUAGUUACUUCCUGCAACGUGUCGAAAGAUAUCGACGAAACAUACAAGGUGCGCGUUACAGCAGUGCGGAAUAUUUAAAUUGAUAAGACGAUAACGAAAGGAUCAAGAGGGAUAGAAGAAAGGAAAGGGGGACACAGCAAGAGCGGGAAAGGGAAUAGACGCAAGAGGCGUGCAGGAGAAUAGGCUUUGUUGUACAAAGGAAAAUACAUCUUGAAAUCUAUUACAUCUUUUUACUACGCUACAAUCUGUUAAAAACGAACAAAAAUCCCAUCUAUUUACUCACUUUUCCUGUUCCAAACAUACGCACACACACACACACUCAUACUACUAGUGGUUUGCAAUACGAUGACACACGAGGUAAGAUACAGAAGAAAGGAGAAUGGUGUCCUUAGAGCGAGAUACAAAAAAAAACUAAGCUACUAGAUUAUUACAUCUAACGCGAGUACUCAGAAGCGUCCAUGUGUAUUUACUUCAUAUUGGAGUAUGUGUUUUUUUUCCUUUUGUUGUGUACGAAAAGGAUAUAAGACCACCUCAGGAGGCACGCUCUUUCCAUUGCUUCCCUGUGAAGUUGUUUUUUUUUUAAUCGUAAAAAAUCUUCCAACCGUGUAUGCAAACAACAGUAUUCCGAUCCGAUUGUUUUUGUUUUAUUUUUAUAUUACUGUCACACUACGAAAUACUAAAAGAUGUAGCAGUACUAAAAGAAAUCUCUCAUUUCCUACUUUUACGUUUAUUUUAUUGUGUUUUUAUUUUGCCAAUAAAACGAAUACGAGUUAAGAAAAAGAUGAUAGAAGGAAUACACAUGGUGGAUUUAACGUCUAUUUCGUUCAUUUGUUUAUGGUUACACACGCAUAAUGUGUACUUUUAAGAGAAAGUUGUACAGAAAUGGGGUAUAGUACAGAAAAGCAUUAAUACGUUCAGCGCCGCAUCUCCCAAAUUUAGGUGAUGCUCUUUGGAAAUCGCCCUAAACGAUUUUAACACGGUGUUAAAAGGCUUAAGCAACACAUUCGGGGGCAGGGAAUAUACAAAAUUGUCGAACACAACGGUAGAAAGUCAUCUACAGCAUAAAGUUAACAGUCGCGCGGGCACGGGAACCGAUUCAUGUUGUGGUUUUGAUUUGUUUUACUUUUGGAGUUGCUUGCUGGUGGGUGCAAAGUAUUAAAAACAAUAAAAAUGA